CACAGUUCUUUGCUUGAGAGACACCGUGGCUUGCAAACGAGCGAAUCAUCGCAGUUGCUCAGUGUUUGGAUGUACAAAACCUCGAAAAACAGGCCAGCCCAUCAAGUGCUUGCAUUCAGCAGCUUCUCUCAAGGGAUGUUGCCUGCCAGACAGAGCACCUGGAAACGCGUAUUUGUAGGCACACAGCUAUCCUUAAAGACUUUGCAGCCCCAUUUUAAAAGUGAAGAAGACUGCGAUGCCUUUGGAGACCGUAGCACUCAGCGUGGCGGCCACCUCAGAGAUUCUGGGUGUGGAUGCCCCUGGCUCCUCCCACUGGUCCAGUCGCUGCGAGGAAUUGGUGCAGCAGACCCCAGACACCAUUUCAAUCAAGCUUGAAGAGGAUAUUGGUGGAGGCCUGCCCGCCACAGAAGACUGCGAUGCCUUUGUAGACCGUGGCACUCAGUGUGGCGCCACCUCAGGGAUUCUGGGUGUGGUUGCCCCUGGCUCCUCCCACUGGUCCAGUCGCUGCGAGGAAUUGGUGCAGACCCCAGACACCAUUUCAAUCAAGGUUGAAGAGGAUAUUGGUGGAGGCUUGCCCGCCGUAGAAGAUUGCGAUGCCUUUGGAGACCGUAGCAAUCAGCGCAACGCCACCUCAGAGAUUCUGGGUGUGGACGCCCCUGGCUCCUCCCACAUGUCCAGUCACAGCGAGGAUCUGAAGAUUCUGAGCGUCUACGGAAAAGGGGAGGGCCCACUGGCGGUGGACGGCCAUGACACCCUCUUCACCGCGUCAGAAGUGGAGGCCCUGAACUCGCUGUCUGUGGACCACAGCGCGGCCAAGAGCCUGGAGCGCGGCGCGCGGCUGGUCUGCCUCGAGGAGCUGAGUGUGCAGCAGCAGACACCAGAAACCAUUUCAAUCAAGGUUGAAGAGGAUAUUGGUGGAGGCAUGCCCGCCUUAGAAGACAAUGACAUCAGAGACUGCAGCACGCAGCGCGGCGCCACCUCGAAGAGUCUGCGUGUGGACACCCCUGGCUCCUCCCACAUGUCAAGUCACAGCGGGGAGCUGCGCAACCUGAGCGUCUACGGACAUGGGGAGGGCCCACUGGCGGUGGACGGCCAUGUCACCCUCUUUGCCGCGUCAGAACUGGAGGUCUUGAGCUCGCUGUCCGCUGACCACAGCGUGGCCAAGAGCCUGAACUGCAGCGUGCGGCUCGUCCGCCUUGAGGAGCUGACUGGGCAUCAGGGCGGCCGCAAGGGCCGGCCCGGUGUCUUGUGUGGAAAGGUUAUUCCCAACAAUGCCAAUAUGAUCGUCCACAUGAGGACUCACUCCGGGGAGAAGCCCUACCAGUGUGACCAAUGCACGAAGUGCUUCACUGAGAAAGGCAAGCUGAAGAACCACAUGAGGACUCACACCGGCGAGAAGCCCUACAGGUGUGACCAAUGCACAAAGCGCUUCUGUAACAGCUCCACCCUGAAGAUCCACUUGAGGACUCACACCGGCGAGAAGCCCUACGGGUGCGACCAAUGCAUCAAGCGCUACAGUCACAAAGGCAACCUGGACAUCCACAUGAGGAUUCACUCCGGGGAGAAGCCCUACAGGUGUGACCAAUGCGCAAAGCGCUACAGUCACAGCACCAACCUCAAGAUCCACAUGAGGACCCACACCGGCGAGAAGCCCUACCGGUGUGACCAAUGCAAGAAGCGCUUCAGUGUAAGUGGACACCUGAAGAGCCACAUGAGGACCCACACCGGCGAGAAGCCCUACAGGUGUGACCAAUGCACGAAGCGUUUCGGCCAGAGCUCGUCCCUGAGGGGCCACAUGAAGACUCACACGGGGGAAAAGCCCUACAGUUGCGACCAUUGCACAAAGCGCUUCGCUCGGCAUGGCAACCUGAACGUCCACAUGAAGACUCACACCGGCGAGAAGCUUAAUUUCUAACGUUUGUUUUAUUUCUAACAUUAUGAGAAUCAGGCCCUUUGUCCAAAAUUCCGAACUACCCCUUUAAAGGGAUGCUUUGACACCUGUAUCCAGGUGCGGCUUUUUUUUUUCAUCACGAUUAAACGCAGUCCAAUUUUUGAUUCGCCAUGUUUUUAUUUUUGAGAUAUGAUGUCUGUGAUGAAGAAUAACUUAGUUCUGGGACACUUCUGACUGCAAAACAUUUGAUUUAUUUUUAGAGCUUAAUCAUGGGAAGAAACAGGCAACAAAGUUACCAAGCAUUUGUUCAAUAAGUUAAAUUGCAAAUGCAAACUAUCUUAACACCUUUCAAUUAGAGGGGACGGAAGGUAUCUCUAGGUCCAAGGAGAAUGUAUAUAAAUUACUUUAAAUUGACUAAUUAUGUAAACAGGGUUCAUAUCAUUUGUAUACAAUUGUAUAUUGAAGCUACGCUUGAUAUUUCCACAACUAUGUCAUUACCUCUAACUUUGUUAUUAGAAAAAGCCUACAAAGUUCACUUGUGAAAUAGACUCAGAUUGAACCCCACGUUAUACAUGAUUGUGUUCAUUCCACUUACCUUUCCAUUCCGUGCGCUUAAUGCUAACUAACUUGGAUGGAUUGCAUCAUAAUAGGCGAUAAUGGUUGAAGAUGAUCCAUUUUAAAAGGUCCCUGUUUAAAUGUCGAUCUCAGUGAUGCUCAGUUUAGGCCGGUCCUCCCUCCUGAAGGCAGCAUUAUUCUAAUGGGACAAAGUCAGAAGAUUCCUAGCAUUGGUCCCCCUUCACUCCCUGUUUGCAGCGGCGGCUGGUGAUCCAAUUCGUGGGUGGGGUGCAGUAAUGGACAGGGGUCCUCCCCAAGAAAAUAUAGAAUAGGUUUCUGGGAUGCCAAGCGGACUGGACAAGCUUACACUGCUUUCACUUUCAUUUCCAUUGCUAUUUGACUCAUGGUUGUUAUUCUGAUAUUGAGGCAUAUCCUGAUCAAUGUCCUAUAGUGUUUUACCCGAGCCUCAAGGUCUAUUUCAAAUGCAGUUUGGGACCGUUGUAUCAUUUUUUUUUUAAUCCAUGCCGAAAGACUUAAUUAAUAUGUAAUUUACUUGUUCCUUUUAAGUAUAACAUUGCAUGAGGAGUCCAAUUACUCCACUGAAAUGGGUAGAAAGUGCUUUUACGACUCUCUGCUAACUGUCUAUCACUUCUCUCAGCAUGUGGUCAUGUUGGGCAAUGCACGACUGCUGCUGAGGGAGGUAGCCUAUUCGAUUCAUUGGCUGAAUUGUCCAAUCAGCUCCAAAUUACCAAGAUGAGUUGAAACACAAGACACAGUGUAGUGUCAAGUGUUUCUUUAAUACACUUGGUAGGAUAACAAACCUACCAUGAUUAAUCGUUCCUUAUGUCGUAUGGUCAUGCACAGGGGUUGGGUUUGUGUCGGGUGGGUCUCUUCUUUUUCUGUUUACUAAUGUGUGUGUCCGGUGUGUGUCUGUGUGUGUGUGUGUGUGUCCGGUGUGUGUGUGUCUGGUGUGUGUCCGGUGUGUCUGUGUGUCCGAUGUGUGUGUGUGUGUGUGUAGAAAGUUCCUAAAACAGAGGGAAACUUUGAACCAAUGCAAUAGGCUUAAAAUGUACCACUAUAUCAAAACUAAAAAGAAUCUUCAGAAAAAAAUAAUGAGUUGUUAUGAGCUGGAGCAGUGAAUUUCUGUUUUUCUUUUCUUGUUUGAUGGUUUCGGUUAAUCUGUUCAAAUAGUGUUAUUGUUUGGUCCAAAAGCUUUGAUUUCUUUUAACAAACGAGCUGAACAUCAUCAUAAUUAUAAAAAACGGUAUCAUUUGAACUUCAUUAUUUAUUCCUUAGGAUUUUUUCUUGCAUUUAUUCUGUUUGUAUUAUUUUUAACCAUGUUUAAUAAAAAAAAAAAAGGACAUUACGGGGAAUGGUUACCUCCCCUUUCUAUUAUUUUGCCCGCCCAGAUUAUUUGUCCCGACCGCCCAUGAGAAAAUGA